AUGAAAAUACACACUGGAGAAAAACCUUUUUCGUGUAAUAUCUGUGGAUAUAGAUGUAUUAGAAAAAGUGACUUGCAAACUCAUAUGAAAAUACAUACCGGUGAAAAACCUGUGUCGUGUCAUAUUUGUGAAUAUAGAUGUAUUACAAAAAGUAAUUUCCAAAGACAUAUGAAAAUACACACCGGUGAAAAACCUUUUUCGUGUAAUAUCUGUGAAUAUAGAUGUAUUACAAAAAAAUCAUUUGCAAACCCAUAUGAAAAUACAUGCUGGAGAGAAACUUUUUUCGUGUAA